ACACAGAAGGGCCCAUGGACACAGGGCACAGGAAGCACCAGAGUGUUGGGGGCAGAGGCCUGAGUUGGGGCGGCAGGCUGCAGGCUUGAGAUUCGAACACGCUUGGGCACGACCGCCCGCUGCUGCCCAGUCCCUGGCCCUGGUGAUCUAGGACACGGGGAACGCCCGCGCUGUGUGGGAGGUGGACAAGGGGCGGUGGGGCCAUGGACACAGGACUGUCCAGUUCCACAGGAGGCUCCAAACUUCUGCCUCCUCCCACCCGAGAACCUCCCACGUCAGAAAGGAGGCCACUGAGCUGCUGUCACUCGGGGCACGACCAACACAACAUGUGCGCUUUUCUGCUGACAUCAGCCGAGUCUGCCGCUCUCCGGACACCAGCCGGGGGUCCUGCGACUGCACUCAAUCCCGAUACCAACCGCCAACGCCUCUUCCGAGGAACAGCCCGCAGCUGUCUUGAAAGCCGAGGUCCGGGAACUACUUUUUUGAUCCGCAGGCGCAGAGCGGCGGCCCCAACGCAGCCUGUGCGCAGACGCGUGGCUCUGCUCGCGGCCUCCCUGCGGGCGGCUCGUGGAAAGCAGGGCCAGGCGGGGGCAGACGCCCGCAUCUCCCGGAGGGGCCCCAGGAGGAGACGCAGGGAACCACGCAGACCCAACCCGCCCCACAGACCGAUCCGCGGAGCCGCCCCGCGACCACCCCCGCACACGAGGACCUGUGCCGCAGUGUCCACAGCAGGGCAGAGUCCGCCCACAGAGGAGGGUGGGCAACACGGGGCCCAUCCACAGGAUGGAAUACCACCCUGCCUCAGACAGGAAGGGGAUUCUGACGCGCGCUCCGACACGGACGCACCCGGAGGACGUCGCGCCCGCGGAAAGCCGCCGCCACAGGAACCUGCUGUGGUUCCCCUUCUGGGAAGUCCCUGGAGGGGUCCAAGCCACAGACGCGGGGAGUAGGCGGUGGGCACCGGAGCCAGUGCCAACUGACCUGGGGUUUCAUUUGGGGACAGCAAAAUGUCCUGGGCCCAGAGAGAGGCGAUGUCACACGAGCUCAUGAAUGCCCUAAACGGCACCGAGUUGCUCCCCUCAACAUGGUUAUUCUGUGCCAGGUGAACGUGGCCUCGGUAAAGGAGCCGGAAGCCGCCCUGCGAGGCCCGGGGGCCCGUCCCCCAGCAGACAGGGCCCCGGGCGAGCAGGCGGGCAGCGUGCCGCACCCGCCCUCCCUCCCCGGAUUCCGCCAGGCACCCCCGCUGCCUCACUCCCACCGCCGCGCACCGCCCCGCGGUCUCCCGCCUUUGCCGGGCCCCCCACGGCGCAGCCACUCGACGCCCAACGUAACGGACAAAGAAGCCAAGAGGGUGGGCCGGGAGCACCAGCCUCCACGGGCGGAAAGACCGGCCAAAGGGCCCGAGUGCCCCACGCGCCCCGCCCCAACGCUCAUCCAGGGGUCUGAGAAGGGAACUCUGGCCCCACUUUAUGACCCUACGGGAACGGAGGCAGGUGUCAGACUCGGCCCCACGUCGCGGCAGCACAACAGCAAAAAGGAGAGGCAACCCGCAGGUCCAUCCCCAGGCGGACAGACAGAUAAAGUACCCCAUCCACACGCAGAACGUCGCGGGAAAGAGGCACGGACGUAUCCCGCAACACCAACCUCGCACGCGGGCCGCUCAGUGGGGAAAGCCAGGGAACAGGGCACACGGCGUGACUCCACUGACGGGACACGUCCGGAGCAGGCAAGCCCGCGGACACCGAGAGCACAGUGGGUGGGGAGUGACCACUACCGGGUACACAGUUUCUUUUGGGGGCAGGUGAUGGGAAUGUUCCGGAACGAGACAGAGCUGGUGGGUGCACAACACUGUGGAUGUGCUAAAUGCCACUGCAUUGUUGAGUACUAAGCGGUUAAUUUUAUGCGCGUUUCACCUCAUUUUUUAAAACAGAAGAAACCGUGAAAAAAUCAAUUAAUUUAGAAUCACAGACCGGUGGUGGCAGAGAAAGUUGGAGCAGAGAGAGGCCGGUGUGUCUGACAUCCUUCCCGCCGUCACGGCCCGAGGUUCCCACACUCGUUGCACACCCUGCAGGACAGCGUCCUUAGGACAUGUGACUGAUGCACUCGGGACAGGGGAUGGCCCCGUUCCCUGUUGUGACCUCAGGCCUGUUACUUCCCCGCCCCUCCAAGAGCCUCGAAGCCCCCGCUGCCCAGCGUCAGCCGGAAUCCAGCUGUGUCCUGAGCAGGACUCACGUGCGUGUGUGCACGUGCUCGUGUGCACUCACGCACCAUGCACCGUGUCACAUCCACAUCUGCAUGCACAGACACAUGCCCAUGUUUGCGUGUGAUGGUGUGUGCUCAUUUGCGUGCGUGUCCGUGCACGUGUGUUCUGAGAAGGCGGCUGUGGCACAGCUCCAUCCAAAGAAACACCAUAUGAGCCACAGACUCAACUUUUUUUUUUUUAAGAUUUUAUUAAAUAAUCUCUAGGGGCGCCUGGAUGGCUCAGUCGGUUAGGUGUCCGACUUUGGCUCAGGUCAUCAUCUCACAGUUCGUGGGUUCGAGCCCUGCGUCAGGCUCCGUGCUGACAGCUCGGGGCCUGGAGCCUGCCUUGGAUUCUGUGUCUCCCCCUCUCUCUGCCCCUUCCCCUGCUCACACUCUGUCUCCCUCUGUCUCAAAAAUAAAUAAAAACAUUAAAAAAAAUUUUUUUAAAUAAUAAUCUCUACACCCAGCGUGGGGCUGGAACUCACAACCCCGAGAUCAAAAGCCGCACAAUCCUCCGACAGAGCCAGCCGAGCGCCCCUCAGCUGUUAAGUUUUCCAGGAGCUGCCCAUAUCGUAAAAGGAAAAGGAAACACAGAAUUAAUGUGAAUGACACACCUAACUGGAUCGGUCUAAAACACUACCACCCGGCCAAGUAACGCAUAUAGCGCGUUAUUCACCUGCCAUCUCGCGAUCUGUGCCAAGUCUCCCCGUCGGGUGGGUCUCCGCCCCGAAGCCCCUCGCUGCGGGCC